UAUUGUUUAAUCUGUCUUGAUUGAAUGGAUUAUUCUUUCUGGCUGCGGAGAGAACGAGGGGAACAUGACGGGCCGAUGCAAGACAGUGUAUACAGUCAACGCGCGUAUCCCGCUGGGACUGUGUUCAGUUGUUGUUCGAUGCCCAUCAACGACGCUUCAGUAUAGUGGGCCAAUAUUGUACAAUACAGCGGGAUAUUAUCAGCCUAUGUUAUCAUAAGCGCCAUGGCGGAUAAUGGGAAAAAAGCCAAAGGUGUCCUUUUUCAACCGCAGAACGACAUUGUCAUCAGUAGUGAUGCAGGUGACAAUGGUGACAAGCGGAUGUCGCCGGUUGCGGCGUCGCGUGAGCCGUCGGUUGACGUGGAUGAAUGUUCGGAUUCGGAGCCACUGCGGUUGAAACAGCGCCGGACACGGACGAAUUUCACGCUGGAACAGUUGCAGGCGUUGGAGCGACUGUUUGAUGAGACGCAUUAUCCGGAUGCGUUUAUGCGCGAGAAUAUCAGCCAAAAACUGGGAUUAAGUGAAGCACGUGUGCAGGUGUGGUUUCAAAAUCGGCGCGCGAAAUCCCGCAAACAGGAAUCCCAACUGCACCGCAGCAUCAUCCUCAACGCCCCGCCCCUGCCCUAUCGAUCCGGCAGCGGCAGCCCGGCAUCCUGCUUCCCCAUGCUGCAGCAGCAGAUCCCACGGCCCGCCAACCUAGCGUCAGCGGCAGCGCACGGUUUCCUCCCACCCUUCCUGUCACCUUUUGCCGGCGCCAACCCCUUCCAUCUGCCGUAUCUCUUCCACCCCUUCUCCGCUGCACAGCUUGUAACCAAGAGCUCCAGUAUUGUUGAUUUACGACUGAAGGCCCGGAAACAUCAAGCGGCACUGGGACUGGAUGCAGUGGACGAUAAGGAAAGUUAACAUAUCGGAUUCCAUGGACCGUUAAUCCGCUCUUCUACCUCUUGUACACCUGUGUAUUAUUCACUGCAGUUAUAAUGAUUAUUGAAGUGCUUCCUUAGACAUCGUGAAAAUCAUUGUAGAGUCAAUGUUCAGUGUUGCCGUAUUUAUCGUAUUACACUGACACUUAACGAUUGACUCGCUGUUGGAAUGAAUUCCUUUACGUUUAUGCCUAAUAACUGGAA